AUGUGCGCAAAAGUCGUAAUCGCUCUUCGCUCGUUCCGGUCGCCGCAUUGCGGCUCUCAACCAAAGCCUAACCCAGCCUCAUCCUCUAAAAAACCUGUCGCCUAUUUUCCGCCAGCGCCGUACGGCGUCUACACCGGCGUGCUGCCCGACCUGGUCAUCGGCGUAGCCUGUCUAGUCGCUUCCGUCCUGCUCUCGGCCGCGCUUCUGCUCGUUUUCUGGCUCGCCAAGUCUACUCGGCGUCGGUCGCAGCGAGCUCUUCGUAGGCAGGCCGCGCAUCGUUGCUACGCCGCCUCAGGUACCGGCUUGUCCCUCUGGCGCCACCCCGCCGACCCCCGCGACACCUUCGAUGUCCUCACGCCGCCUCAUCUCUUCGUCUCGGCGCAAUUUCUCGAGUUCUCCGAUCACAAGCUCGCAUUUUUUGCCGUUUCUCUUCACUCCUACAUAUUCCCCACGAUUGGUCUCCCAGAUUGGGUCUAUCUGACAUUGAAAACACGUAUUGUUGGGCCUCGCAACCAUAUCCCACGAUCUGUUUCUGUAUUUUCCGAUCAUCCGGCUCGCGUUGCGUCGCGGUGCUUGUUGGAAGAGUUGAUUAAGUGUCAAAUUGCAAUGCCUAAAACUAAUGUCGGCAGCUUCCGUCUUGUGAGUCUAAAACUGGUCAUUCUUAUCCCCACCCUCCAGGCGCCGGUGACAUGUGGGCACGGCGGAAUGAAGAAAAACCCAUCUCGGGGCGGUGUCGAGAUGACAGACGCCUUGACAUUUCUGCCUCCUGAACUGCUGGUCCGUCGUGGACGUGUGGACCGACAUCUUCCGCCCAGCCAACUGACAGUCGCUCCUGCCUUGAGCCAAUGGGCUUCUAAGCAGCUUUUGGCCAAUCGGGCCAGCCGCUCUGAUCAGCACCAAUCUGAUUCGUCCUUAGCCGAUUCAGCCAGUGAUGGUGAUGAGAUUGGUGGACAGUCUAUCCAAUCAGGAGUAAGCUGCAAUUCUUACACUUCUCUUUGUCAUUUCUUUGCCCGCCAGCCUUGA